GGACCCGAACAAGGCCCGCAACGCUCGCCGGAAGUUCAACUCUAUCAGGAUGGCUGCCUUUAAAGACUACCACACCUUUGCCUCAGAGUUCCAGUACCUUGCGGUCGAAGGCCGGAUCGAUCGUGAUACCUGGAAGGAGAGCUUCUUUUUCGCCCUUCCUGAUGAAGUGCAGCGAAUGGUAGCUUACGCCUUUAACGAUGACAAUCGAACCUUUGGAGACUUUACUUAUGAAUGUGCCAAGGUGGCCGACCUCUGGGGUGACCUAAAGAAGCGCCGAAACCAGAAUACGGCCAGAGGCAGCUUUAAGUCCUCAUCCUGGACCCCGAAUAAAGGAGCUAGUUCGCGCCUUAAUUAUGUCAAAGGCGAAGAGAAAGAUCAGUUAAUGAGAGAAGGUAAAUGCUUUAUCUGCAAGCAGUUCGGCCAUCUCGCUAUCGACUGCCCCCAGAAGGGUUCCUACUCCUCUCAGGCACCUAAGCGAGAGUUAAAGGCCUUGGAGGAGGUUCCUGAGCAGUCCCCUGCCGAGCCAAAAAACGAGGAAACCUAG